AUGAUAUCUAGCCAAUAUUUGCUUGUCGUGGCCGUUUGCUUCGUCACCUUGGGUUGGGCUACCUCGGCGGUCCCUAUUAUGGCCAACUCGACGGGCAUCUCCUGGCACCCUGCUAACCACACGCAAUCUACAUGCGACCCAUCAACAUUUGAUGAGCCCGCAAACACUGAUCCCGCAGAUUGGAGAGAAUGCGCAAGCCUCUACAGUUCCUGGACCUCAGAAAACGGCACCUUCAGACUCGGCGACUUGAAUGCUACCGGAUUCACGCCAAUUCUCCAGACGAGAGACUGUACGCUUGGAGUAAAGCCGGCCGAUCCUUGCCUGGGACCUUUCACUAUUGGCGACAGGGACAUCAAAACACUCUUGGAAACGAGUCUCAAAGAAUAUUCUGAGGGUACAGACUUAAGAGUUGCCGGCAAUGUCAAGUGUGCCACAGCAAUUGGCAGCAAGGGAGAUGUAAACUGGCGAAUUUCAAAGUCAAAGGGUGACAGACGAUUAUCAUGGCCAUAUUGGGAUUAUACUACGACACAGCAAGGCUCAAAAUAA